GUUUUAGCGACAGCUCAUACGGUGAUCGGAUGAAUGGUGUGAAGAAUCUCUUUGUAUGCUGAAAAAUGGCAACAAGAAGUGGACAAAAUUUGGGAAAUUUAAGAAGAAGAGCAGUUUUGGAAUCAAACAUGGAAAGUGAUGAUGAACGCAGUCAAACAAACAGCAGGUCACUUGGGGACUUUAUGUACAGACCAACCCAAAUUAGAUUGGGCUUAGGGUCUACGAUGUUUGAUGAUUUACAUUAUUCUCAAAUGAGUCAGCAUCAUAUUUUGGAUAUGCGAAAAUCUCAAGUGUUUACAGUGUCUGAAGCAGGGCCACAGGUUAAAGCUACCUUAACAGAUGAGCAAUUAAAGGUGACUUUGAGCAAAGCAUAUGACACCACAGUGGAAAAGGUGAUUAUUGAACAUUUAAAAAUGAAAAUAGAAAGUUCAGCUGUUAGAACAAUUGCUAUCAUUUUACCAGAAAACCUCCCGACAAUUCCAUACAGAAAUCUUCUCAUUGAGGCAUACGCAGAUGAUGAAAGAAGCCCAAGAAUACUUUGUGGUUUAUGGAAAUCAGAUGCCACAAUUAAUGAGUUUAGACAAAGGUUGAUGGAAUUCUUAGGUUGGAAGUGGAUAGCUUUGUGUAUAGAUGGCAGAAUUCUAUGUGAUUCGUUCUCCUGUGAACAAAGUGACAGCUUGGCUCCAACAAAAAUUCAGGCUUAUCAGUUUGGUCCUUUGAAGGUGACAUUGGUGUACAACUCAAAACGUGACAGUGAACAUAGAUUCACGUACAUGUUAAAUGGUACAAAAACAGUCAUGGAAGCAAAAAUGGAAAUUUUAGCAAAGAACGCAGGUGAACUUGAAGCAAUCGCCGAAUCGAAGGGACAGACACUUCACCUUUGUAUCAGAGAUAACAUCUUGGAAGAUGAUGUUUGCCUUGGCGUAGCAUUGCGAGGUUUACGUGAUGAAUCAGUCGGUGUGCAUUUUGCUUCGGAAGAUGCAAUCACAGUAUAUUUAAAGCUAAGCAAAGAGUUGAGAAUGAAACAAUCCUUACUAAUUGUUCCAAGACAAUGUUCUACAGCUUAUCUGCGUGAAAAAAUAGGGAAGCUCUCAGCGUGUCAACCCAAGUCUAUCAAACUAGUCUUCAAUGAGAAAUUGAUGGAUGAGCAUGAGGACCUUUCAGAAACUUACGACAUCAACUGGAAAAGUGGGUGUAUUGUAAAUGUUGGUCUGAAGAAACAGAAAACUUUAAAGAUAAAGAACCCAAAGAGCAAUAAAGACCUUGUAGUUAAAAUGUACAUGCUAGAGUCCGUGGACAAAUUGAUGGAAAAUAUAAGUGAAAAAUGGAAAUUUGAUAGGCUUACAAUGUGCCUGUAUUGCCGUAAUAUUCCAAUGAAAUGUAACUCAUUGUUGCAACAUUAUCCAAUUAAAAACAAUAUGCAGCUAGAAUUAAAGUUAUUCCCAAACAGAAUAGCAAUACAAGUGAGAAUUAUAUUCAAGAAGCAGAGGUUGAACUUGGUGAUUGAGGAUAGCACUCAGACAACUGUUGAAGACUUGUUAACCUACUGUGCUGUCAAGUUGCAAUACUCGCGGAAAUAUUCUCGCGCUAUUCUUCAGAAUAAAUGUCUAACAGCAGAAGCAUUUCUGAAGGAUGAAGGUUUCUGUACAGGUGAUAGGGUAUUAAUUGUCUUCUUUGAUGAUCCACUUGGUGGCAACAAUGAACUUAUGCCAGUGUUUCUUUCUGAUGGUCAUGGGCAUACAGUAUCUCGAUGUGGAAAAGUGGCUGGAGGCGUUUUGCUGUUGGCAUCAAAAUCUAAACUGAUGCCUCCACUUGUCAAUACCUUUGAAAAUGGAUAUUUUCCCAGGGGAAUUGACCUGCAUGAUGAAGUUAUGGAUUUGACAGGGGAAAAGAAAGCACCUUUAUGUGAAAAGACUAAACCAAAAGAAAAGAAACAAUCGGAUGAUUCAAUAAAGGAUAUGAAACAAAAGUUUCUUCAAAGGUCAAAAAGUGUCAUGGAUGCAUUAAAACAGGACAUUCAUCAUCAGAUAGGCAGUUUGUUCCCACCAGAGACCAAAGCUGGAUCUUUUCAGAAAAAAAGCAGUGGCACAAGUUUAUACAAGCAGGAUGUGCAUGCAGCAUUGCUCACCAAUAAACCAAGAGAGUUUCAAGUUGAAAAAGAGGACACUGGUUCCAAAAACACUAAUUCAGAGAUGUUCUACUUGUCUUCUGAUUCACAGACAGGUAUUGCAUUGCCUGAACCAUUGGAACAAUGUUCAAGUUCAUCUGAAAGUGAUUUACCUGCUAAAUGUUUAAGAUCAUCUGAAAGUGAUUUACCUGAUAAAUGUUUGCAUUCUGAUGAAAAGCCAAGGAAAAGUGGGGAUAUGUGUGAAAAAAAUGUUGUUUAUACACAGAAUGAGGAUCUUGAUGUCAAUAACACAAAUGCAGAAAAAGUGAUGGAUCAGUUUCCAGACUCAAUUGACAUUAAUGAAAUUGAAAACGAUGGAGUAUUGACGCUUGUUCCGGAGGGCUCCAUUAAAAGUCAGAGUGAGCAUAUUAGCUCAGAUCAAACAAAUAACAAAUCACAAAAUACUUCCAGCUCAAAUGUAUUGUUAAAAACAAAAGUGGAGUGUAUAAUAGACUGUGCCAAAUACAUUAAAUCUGAAUUAAGUAAUGCAACCCCUUACGACUUAAAUAGUUGUUUACCUUUGAAGCAAUCUGAGAAUUAUAACAUUAUUUCAACACAAGAUUAUGUGAUCCACGCAGAAGGCAUGGAAGCUGGGGCAGAAAGUAUUAAGUCAAGUACUGUACAAAUGCCCUCAACAACAUCAAAUGUAUCUGGUUCACAGUUUGCACCAAUCACAAGUCCAUCAAGGAACAUUGAUGGACAAAUCCAGAUAAGACACAUUGCAGGUCACCAAAACAUGAGCAGUUUUACAGAUUCCGACAAGAGCAGGACAUCCACUCCGAAUCCUCAUUGUUGGCAAGAUAUGUCUGUAAUUGGUCACAACAAUUGUCCCACAUGUGGUUGCCAGCAAGUACAACUAUCAAUGAAUUCUUGGAAUCAAUUUGUGGGUCAAUGCUCCUUUGUGCGAAGAAAACUUUUUCAGGGAACAUGUCAACGGCCAAGAAUUCAUUGUAUCUCAGAGGGCGAUGCUGAUCACCAUUGUGCAGAGACAUGCUUGCACCGAUCUCAUACUUACCCCGAGUUUACUGUUGACCUUCUUGCUCAAGCAAGAGAGUUUUUAGAUACUUCAGGCAUUUCUCCAAAUUUAAUGCUAAAAGUGAGCAACCUAGUUGGUAAUGAAUGGAAGACUGUGCUCCGAAGACUAGGUGUUAAUGAUACUUUAAUUGAUAAUUUUGAUCACCAGUUUCCAACCAUUAAGGAAAAACUAUAUCAAGGACUACUACAUUGGAAAAGGAGUAAUGGAAUUGCAGCUACAUUUAAUAUAUUGGAAACUUGUCUUAAAGAAAGUGGAUUAACUUAUGUUGCUGAACAAAUUAGUGGCAAUUUUACAACAUAGCAUUGUAAAAUAUUCAUUGUUUUUGACGAGUUUUCCAUUUUAAUUAUCAAGUGAUCAGUGAAUAUACUAUUUUAUUGUAAGAAAACAUGUGUUCUAUAAUUUCACAAGGGCAAAACAUCCAUGACUUACCAAACUUCACUUUUCAUUGUAUGCUUUUCCAUUAAUUGAAUUAAUUUUUGAAGAGCUUAACUGUUGUUUUUUUUCAUGAGAAUCAUGGGGUGUGAUUUAACUUUUUUUUAACGGGGAUCGUGAUGCUCCAUUUCAUUUUCUUCAUAAAUUCAGUAACAAGAAACACUUAACAGUGAACAUAACCAAUUAUUUGCUUGGUAAUUUUUAUUCAGGUUUUCAACAAAGUGAAAAAACACAACGUUUUAUAUGGAGAUGUUUGGUUUUUAUGCUCCCCCAAAAUUUAUUAUGGUGGGAGCAUAUAGUCAAGAGGAGAUGUGCAUAUUAUCAGCAUGUUCUGGUCAGAUGAUUUUUCACAGAGUUAUGGCCCUUUGGAAUUUUCUAUUAAAAAAAUUAUUUCUUGUCCCCCCAGCUACAUGUACUAUGCCCUCAAGACGUAUCCUUUUAUCUAAAUAUAUAGUACAAUAUUGUGACAAAAAAAAACUUUGGGGAGCAUCACCCGUCUCCGACGGUUUCUUGUUAAAUAAUAUAUUGAGAUAUUUUGUUAGAUAUUUUAUUGAGAUGUAUUUGUAAGGUAUUAAAUUGAGAAUAUGUGUUAUAUAUAAGAUAGAGAUUUUUUGUUAGAUAUUAGAUUGAGAUCUUUUGUUUAAUAUUAGAUUGAGAUGUUAUUGUUAUUGAGGUGUGUUUGUUAGUUAUAAUAUUGAGUUUUAUUUGUAAGAUAUUAUUUUGAGAUGUAUUUAUUUGAUAUUAGAUUAAGACAAAUUGCCUCUGACAAACCGUUAUUUGUCAGAACAAUAAUUAUUUAAAACUGUUCCAAAUAUAUCAGAUUUUUAUCUAAUUCACUUAAAGACAUUUUUUCAAAAAUAGGGAAAUUGUGAACAAGUCCCUUUAACAGGAUAAGCUUAAGCUAACUGUUUUACAUUGUACACAAAUAAUUGUAUUUCAAACGUUAAUUGAAAUUAAAUCUGAAUUUAAAAACAUAAAUAUUAAUGUGUAUAUCAUCAUUUACUUUAAUGUAGUAAUAUGAAUAAAUGAAACUAGAGCUUUGUCACAGACCUGAAGAAUACCCCCACAUGCCGCAUUGACACAGAAUAAAUUUUGCAUGUUGUCUUCACAAAAAACAGCGGACACCAUGCUAAAUGUUUAAAACGCACUAAGUGACCCCUUGGCCUAGUUUUUGACCCAACAUGGCCCAUGUUUGAACUUGACCUACACAUCUUUAAGAUACAACUUCUGACCAAGUGUGGUGAAGAUCGGAUGAAAACAACUUGAAUUAGAGAGCGGACACCAUGCUCAAUGUUUAAAACGCACUAAGUGACUCGUGACCUAGUAUUUGACCUGCCUGGACCCAUGUUGGAACUUGGCCUAGACAUCAUCUAGAUACGACUUCUGACCAAGUUUGGUGAAGCUUGGAUGAAAACUACUUGAAUUAGAGAGCGGACACCAUGCUCAAUGUUUAAAACGCUCUUAAGUGACCAUUUGACCUAGUUUUUGACCCAACAUGACCUUUAUUUGAACUUGACCUAGACAUCAUUUAAAUACAUCUGACCAAGUUUGGUGAAGAUCGGAUAAAACCAACUUGAAUUAGAGAGCGACAACUUAAUACAACAGACCGACUGAGAAACAUAAAGUGAAAAAACCACAAGAACUACGGAUUGAUAAUGAGAACCAUAACUCAAAUUGAAUUAAAGAAUUAAGCAAAUUGUUUUUUUACCAAGCUACAAACCCCUUAGGCAUAUGUUUUCUAACUGAUUGAUUGGUUGGUGAUGACAAGUAGUUCUUUUGGACAGUUAUAUUCUUGGAUAGAAGGUCAAGAUGGACCUGUUAAGGCAAUAACUUUUAAACCCUGAGGCCUACUUUGUAUGACGGGUAUGUAUAUUUACCGCUGUCCUUGUGUGUGUGGAGGGGGUGUUGCUUGCAUUUCUAUGUUUGUGUGGGACAUUUUGUGUCGAGCUCAAACGAUCAUUAUAGCAAGACAAUGUGUCGCAUGUUCAAACCAUGUUGCUAGCUUCAAGGUCAAAGUCAUAGUGGAGACUGAGAUUUUGCAUAUUUGCGUAUACAUGUAUUGUGAAAGUACAUUUGUGUGAUGUGCUCAUUACUUUGUCUUGCAUAAUGGAAUUUCUUAAAUGAUCACAUGAUCAUCAUAUCAACACCAUGUGUCCCAUGCAACAACCAUGUUGCUCUCUUAAAGGUAAAUAAACACUUGUAGUGUUUUGGUAUGCCUCAUAUAUUCUUAUAUAAGGAAAGUAGUUCUUUGUAACCCGUCCAUGUUGUGCAUGAUGGGAUAUGAAAAUAAAUUGGAACAAAUAAUCCACAUAUCAAGACGAUAUAUUGCAUGAAGCAACCAUGUUGCUCGCUUCGAGAUGAAGAUCACAGUAGACACUUGGAGUAUUUGCAUAUUCUUUAUAUGCAUAUAGGCAAACAUUACGUUCCUGUGUGUCCCAUAACUUUGCAAUGCAUGAUAUGAUUUCAAUAUAAAUUGGCACAAAUAUGAAGAGAAAGUGUCUUAUGUGCAACCUUGUCACUCACUUCAAGGUCAAAGCCCCUGAGGAUAUAGUGUUUUUUUCAUAUUUCUUACAUGCAUAUAGUGAAAGCGCAUCUUUGUGUACUGGCAAUAACUUUGUUGUGCAUAGUGGGAUAUCAAAAUAUAUUAUCAUCAUAUAAA